UAUAUAUAUAUAUAUAUAUAUAUACAUAUAUAUAUAUAUAUAACAACUGUAAAAACGACAAAGAAUCAAGUAUUGGAUCUAAGCAAACUUUUGCAGCAAAUGUUCUUUCGCUAGCAAAUAUAUCAGAUGUAUUCAUUAAGCGAAACCUGAAAUUGCGCGCACAUUCUGAGGUCAGGAACGUGUACGACGUUCAGUCGCAUGCUGAACAUGGAGCAAAUAAAAAAAAUAUAUUUUCUAGAACGUAAAAACGAAGAACGUGUUGUCAAUAUCAGCAAUGGCGGAAUUUUCUUAGGAAUAUAUAUAAAGAAAGACAUUACUCGCUUUCGAUGGUCAUCGAUUUAUCAUCAACUCUGAAUUUAGAACUAGACGACUACAAAGCCCAGAAAUAAGCACAAAAUUAACUUUUCAAACGAACGGAAAGUUCCUUAAAACAUUUUAAGCUUGUCUAGCAUUCAAAGUUGGCUACGAAUUUAUGCACAGACGUAAUAUGUAUAUUAAGUAAGGCUUUAGAUUGCGAAACCAAUAAAAUAUAAGAUUAUAUUUAUACAUUACGAAAACACAAGGCGUAAUCUCUGCAUUCAGUACUGAAUUGCAUGUUAAUACGUAAAAAAGUAGAAAAUAUUGAUAACAUUCACAAAAUGAAAGUUUUUAUAUUUCUCGGAUGUAUUGCGUUUAUUAUGUGGGUCGGGGCUUUUCCCAAUAAUCCCAGCAAUCCAAAUUUGGAAUAUGAAUUUAUUGAUACUAAUAAGCCUUCGCCGAAUUCCAACAAGCAGCCAGAGUUAUUUCCUUUAACAACAGAUCGCAGUAUUCCGGUGGCAAUUAGCACAACACCGCUUCCGGAAUCAGAUGGGACAACUUUUAUUUAUAAUCCUCAAACGAAAACUUGGACUCAAUUAAAGAAAAAUGAAUUUCCUCCAUCGAAAGAUGCCUUACUUUGGAAUCAAAGUCGAGACAAAUGGUUAACACAAGUCCCAGGCUAAUGUAAUAGGAAUCUUGAAAUUUGAAAAUAAAAGUAUCUUUUCUCUUGUUUAAGAAUUGAUUUUUUUUUU